GUGGGCUUUUUCGCUUUUUUCCGAUCUGCAGUUGGUUUACGCCAUUUACUUUUCUUGGGAUGAAAGGAAAUUGACAAGGCGUGGAGCUAGAGGAUCCAUAGGAUAAUGAAUCGGUGUAUUCUGUUGGGGCUCCUGGCCGUAACCCUUCUCUUACUCCUUCAGUCACAGCAAGGCAAAGCCGCAUCGACCAAGAGAGCAGCAGCUAAGGCAGUGGUCAAGAAAUCAGCCAGCACUGCAAAGAAGAAAGCAUCAACCAAGUCAUCACCAAAGAAGGCUGCCAGCAAAGAUGCCAGGAAGGUUAGCAAGGUUUCAAGCAAGAAGAAGGCUGACAAGAAGGCUUUAAGCAAGGCCGAGACGAAGGCGGUAAGCAAGGCCAAGAAGGGUGACAAAAAGAAGGCGGUAAGCAAGGCCAAGAAGGGCGACAAAAAGAAGGCUGUAAGCAAAGACAGGAAGAAGGAUUACAAAAACAAGGCUGUAAGCAAGGACAAGAAGCCUGUAAAGAAGGGUAAGAAGGCUGUAAGCAAGGGUAAAAAGGUUACAAGCAAGGUCAAGAAGGCCACCAGCAAGGACGGCAAGAAGGAAAGCAUGACCAAGAACUCUGUGAAGAAGAAGCAAGCUGAGAAGAAGGAGGAGGCAAAGAAAGCUGCAAAGAAGGCUGACAAGAAGGACAGGAGGAAGGCUGACAAGAAGGACAGGAAGAAGGCUGACAAGAAGGACAGGAAGAAGGCUGACAAGAAGGACAGGAAGAAGGCUGACAAGAAGGACAGGAAGAAGGCUGACAAGAAGGACAGGAAGAAGGCUGCAAAGAAAGAAGAGAAAGUUAAGCGAAAUGUUAAAAAGGCUGCAAGAAAGACUGACAAGAGGAAACGAAGGAACACCAAAGUGUGCUUGCGGCGGAGGAUCGGUUACCGUGGUCUGAUGGGGAAGCGGGUUCGGGCCAACACCUACCGAAGCUGCAUCAAUUUCUGUCAGAAGAACAAAAGCUGUCGCUCUAUUGACUGGAACUCGAAAAGGAAACUAUGUCGGUUGCACACCCGCGUGAGGCGCUUGCACAGGACUAUACACAACAUCAUUCACGUGGCGAAAGUGGCUUGCACUCAUAAACCGCGGAAAAUCUGGCCAAAAAAAUUGAUUGGAAAAACCAGAGCUGCACCUGGAGGUUGUAUGCGCCGUAUCCGUACUCUGUACACCUUCAGUGUCCGCCGGGUGGCUGGCCUGGUCACUGCCGUCCAGUGUAGAUAUUGGUGCUGGAAGAACAAGAGAUGUCGCUACGUGGACUGGGACCAAAGGCAUCGAAGUUGCUGGACCCAUGACGACAUCAGUAAGAAACAGAAGAAGCCACGCCGAGAUAUCCACAACUGGCCAUACGCGUGGACAUACGUGAAGAUCAGGUGUCCCUGGUACCCGAGGUGGAAUGGUUCUAAGCAGAGAGGCAAGCCAAAAGGUGGAAGAGACAUCUCAGCGGUCUACAAAUACGUGUCGAGAAAGGGCAACUGUGAUCAGAAGACCCUGGUAGUCAUGAAGAAAACAAACCUAAAGCAAUGCUUCAGGGCUUGUGAUAAAGAGGAGAAGUGUAUCAGCUUUGUUUAUAGGAAGAAGGAUGAUGAUGAUGAUGAUGAUGAUGAUGAUGAUGAUGAUGAUGAUGAUGAUGAUGACGACGAUGAAACUAGCUACCCCAGGUGUUACUUAAAAGGCAACUACUGCCCCAAACUAAAGGACAGGGACAAUGACAAUGUAUUCACAUACAAUAAGGCGUUAGCUGCAGUAACCAAAAUCAAGCUGCCGGGGACUAAUAAAGGCGAUGCGGCGAAAUCUAUUGAUCCUUGCAAGGUCAUGGAGUGCCCGGAAGACGCCGUCUGCGUGGCGAGACCAAAGUGUGCUAAAAAGAAGAUAGGUGGAGCUACUUGUAAAGUCGUACCGAGCUGCGCCAAGAAAAUGGACAAGGACAAGAAGGACAAGGGAAAGAAUGUAGCUUGCCCCGGGAAGAAAUGGAAGAAAGAGGGUGACGAGUGUGUCUUUACACCAUUCCAUAUCUUCAACUACGCCAUCAAAACGUUCAAGAAGAUUGAAAUGCGUAAUAACAGAAAGUGUCCCGCUGGAACGACAAAACAAACCGGAAAGAGUUGUAAAGUAAUGAGCCACCCAGCGUUAGUGAAGACAUUCGCUGCUGACCAGGAUCUGUCUCAAGUUGUCUCACUAAAAAAUGUCGAGAUGUUUAUUCGAGUCAAGCCCGGCGAGAAAUGCCCUGAUGGCUUCGGGAAAAUGAAGGGAGAGGAGGAUGCUUGCCAAGUCACAGAUGAGGACCAAGUGAGACAGCUUAUCAGGAAGGCAAAACUGAGGAAGGGAAAGCAGAAGGCGAGCAAGACUGAUAGAAAGAGGAGUGGUGAGAAGGAGAAAGGUGAGAAGUCAGAGAAGAAAGAAGGAGAUGGAAAGAAAGACAAAAUGGAAUCUAAAGAUGUAAAGAAGAAGACUUCCAGGAUAUCGGCGAAGAAAGACUCACAGGACAGCGCUAAGAAAGGAAAGAAGAAGGCAGCAAAGAAGGAAGAGAAAGCUUCCAAGAAGAAUGAAGAGGAAACUGCACAGAAAGGUAUAAAGAAGAAAAGAGGAAAGACAUUAUCAAAGAAAAGUCGAAAGAGUCGAGCAAAAGCAGGAAUGAGAAAAUCCAAGAAAGUCUCGAAAAAGAAUGGGUCGAUAAAGAGCAAGAAAAAAGUGCACAAGAAAUCUAAAAGACCUACGAAGAAAGUCUCAAAGAAGAACAGCAAAUCUAUGAAAAAGGGUUCCAAAAAGCCCAAAGGUAGUAAAACGAGUUCCAAGAAGGGAGGCGUGAAAUCUGGUAGGAAGAAAAGCGGCAAGAAAUCAUAGAGUAAAAGUGCCAAUAAAAAGGCACGUUCCCACACGUAGAAUAAAGUGAUGUGUUUGUUUACUA